CUCUAUCUCUCAUAUCCUCCCUUUUUAAUGGAGAACUUCAUAUUCAUCUCAGAGAGGAACAAAAUUCAUAAACAAAGUUAUCAAAAAUUCAUACACACACCUGUGAAUUGAAUAGAUGACCAGACUUGAAUCAAGAUGAAUGGUGGCUAAUCCAUGAUGAAGAUGAUGAAUUGAAGAUGUUGUUGUACAGAGAUGAGAAGAAAAGUGCGUGCGUCGUCUGAGGAAAAAGAUGGAGGUUACAGUUUUAUGAUUUUGGGGUUUAAGUGUAACUUUGAGGGCUGAUUGUCAUGUUGGAGCAUACUUGGAGGUUUAAAGUGAAAGUUUCAAUGUUACAAGAUAUAAAAGGAGCUUAUGCGAUCAUUAUUGAGUUUGUAAUCACUUUAUCAGCUUCACUUGCUCUGCUAGGGUUUCAGUCUUGAUUCUGAGUUUUGUAAAUAACAAUCUCUCAUCUGUAUCUGAGAGAUUGUUCUGGUUAGAUUGUUCUGUAUUGUUGAUGAUCAUCAGUGAAUGAUCAUCAUCAUCUGUUUUGUACUUUGUAUUCUGUAUUUGAUCUUACUAUUGUAAGAUCUGAUCUUACUGUUGUAAGAUCUUUGGGUAUUUGGGGGGCAAAUCAUUUUGGGUUGGUUUAAUAAGAUUUUGUCACCUGUUUUUGUCGCUAUUUCUGUUGUUUUGUUUGUGAUUGUGUUACAAUGAUAUAUUUUAUUUCCGCUGUUUUGAUCUGAUUUGGUUGUUGCUUGUGUAGGUCUGCUUCAAGUUGCAGAUCUGUUCUUGAUAGUGUUAGAUCUUCUGGAUCUUGGGAGAUUUGUUGAUAUUCAAACCCUAGCUAGGGUUUCUUACAUCUUGUUGAAGAACUGUGUUGGUCUCUAAACCCUUGAAGGUUUAGGGCAAACUGACCAGUUUAUUUGUUCUUGAUAUUGUAUAAAAACUUCAGAUCUGUUUAGAUCUGGUGUUUUUUUGGAUAGCUUGCACCCACUGUGAGAUCUUUCUAUCUCCUCUCUUUAUUUUGUAUUGGUUGGCUUAGUUGAAGUCGGUGUAGUGAGGACCGACACUUGAUUGUUUGAUUUUGUCUAUCUGUGUUUUUUGUUUGUUGGUUCUUGUUAUUUGUAUCUGGCUCAUGUAUUAAGACCUGUCCAGGCACUAUAAGUGACGAACCUGGAAUCUGGACACUGAUACAGCUUCGCCUUAGGGUUUGUUGUGUUCUUAUCUUGUUGUGUGUAUAUUUGUUGUUUGUGUUUGUUUUGUUAUUGGUUGUUGACCAUGACUGGUAAAGAUGAUAAUGCUGGGUCUUCUCAGACCUUGAUUAGUAAGUUGGAUAUAGGAGAUCCAUUGUUUUUGCAUCCUAGUGAUUCUAGCUCCUUAACUAUAGUUGGUAUAAAACUAAAGGGAACUAAAAAUUAUAGGGUGUGGUCUAGUGCUAUGAAAUUGGCUCUUGAAGCCAAAAAUAAAUUUGGAUUUAUAGAUGGUAAAUGUAAAAAGAAUACUGAUGAUGAAGUUCUAAGUAGCCAGUGGGACAGGUGUAAUUCAGUUGUUUUAAGUUGGUUGUUAAACUCUGUUUCUGAGGAACUAUACUUAGGGCAAGUGUUCUCUAAGUUAGCCUCAGAAGUCUGGAUUGAUCUAAAAGAAACUUAUGACAAGGUUGAUGGCUCUAUAGUGUAUGACUUAUAUAAAAAAAUUAAUUGUAUUACUCAAAAUGGGAGUUCUGUUUCUGAAUAUUAUCAUAAGUUGAAUACAAUGUGGAAGCAGUUUGAUGCUGUGCUUCAACUGCCUACUUGUUCAUGUCAAGCUGCUAAAGAUUUCAAUGAUUUUUCUACCUUAAUCAAACUAAUGCAGUUUCUUAUGGGCUUAGAUGAUGUCUAUCAGCCUGUAAGAACUAAUCUGUUAACCAGAGAGCCAUUACCUACUGUCAAAGUUGCUUUUUCAAUUGUGUCAAGAGAAGAGUCACACAGGAAUUCUAGUGUUGGAUCUAAAACUCAGAGUGUGUCUUUUGCUUCUAAAAUCAACCAAACAUUUGAACAAAAAAAGAAAGAACUUAGAGGUCCUAACUCUAAUCUAAAAUGUACCCAUUGUAAUAAAAUUGGUCAUACUGUUGACAGAUGUUUUGAGUUGAUUGGGUAUCCUCCAAGUUUCAAAAAGAAACCUGGAGGUCAGGCUGGGAAAAAUUUCUCUAAUUCUAGGUCAAAUAUAUCUUCUGUUCCUUCUGUUCCUCAGUUUUCUUCAGAGCAGGUUGCUAAACUUUUGAGUUUGUUGGGUGAAAAAACUAGCACUGAGUCUCAGUCACCUAAUAUGGGAGGUGAGUCAAACUGUGUGUUUGGUUCUUUAGAUAAGUUUGUUUGUUGUUCUAGUCUUAUAAAUUUUGGUUUUGAUAAUAAUUGGAUUUGUGAUUCUGGUGCUAAUCAACAUAUGGUCAAAAAUGAUAAAGAUAUGUUCAACUGUAUUGAUGUGUCUGAAUUUGAUUUAACUGUUUCUCAUCCUAAUGGAACUAAAGCUAAAGUGUCAAAAAUUGGUAAUAUAGAACUUGCUAAAGAUGUUGUUUUAACUGAUGUAUUCUUUGUUCCAUCUUAUAAUGUAAAUUUGUUGUCUGUUUAUAAGUUGUCUAAAGAUAAUCAAAUUACUGUUGUUUUUAAUGAAAAUAACUGUUUACUUCAGGAUUCGAAAUCAAAGAAAGUGUUGGUGAUUGGUAAACAAGAUAAUGGUCUUUACUUUGUUAAUAAAGGUGAUAGCACUGUUAACUUGUGUUUUAAUAGUUUGAACAACAGUAAUUUGUGGCACAGUAGGUUGGGUCAUCCUGCUGAUCAGGUCUUGUCAGUUUUAAAAGGUGAUUUAGGGAUUGCUGAGAGUACAAAACAUAAUCCUUGUGAAGUUUGUCAUAGAGCUAAACAAGUGAGAGUGCCUUUUCCUUUGAGUGAACAUAAAACAAAACAGUUAGGUGAUAUAAUUCACUUAGAUGUUUGGGGACCUUAUAAAGUAACUAGUAAAGAUGGUUUCAAAUACUUCUUAACUGUUGUUGAUGAUUAUACACGUGCUGUUUGGUGUUAUUUGCUAAAAAGUAAGUUGGAAGUUGUUGAGAACAUUGAAAGUUUUUAUGAGUUAGUGUUAACUCAGUUUAAGAAAAAAAAUUAAAGUGUUCAGGAGUGAUAAUGGAACUGAAUUUGUGAAUAAUAAAAUGGAAGUAUUUUGUAAACAAAAAGGAGUUUUACAUCAGACAUCCUGCUCCUACACACCACAACAAAAUGGUGUUGUAGAGAGAAAACAUAGACAUCUUUUAAAUCUGGCAAGAUCUCUGUUGUUCCAAAGUGGUGUUCCACUUAAUUUUUGGUCUGAAUGUGUAUUAACUGCUGUUUAUAUCAUUAACAGGUUGCCUUCUUUUGUGUUGUUAGGUAAAAGUCCCUAUGAGUUAAUGUUUGGUUUUAAACCCUCAUUUGCACAUUUUAGAGUGUUUGGUUGUUUGUGCUUUAGUACUAUAUUGAAUAAUUCAGAUAAGUUGUCUUAUAAUGCUGAAAAGUGUAUUUUGAUUGGUUAUUCUAAUGUUAAAAAAGGUUAUAAAUUGUGGAGUUUAGAUAACAAAAAAGAGUUUUAUUCUAGAGAUGUCAAAUUUUAUGAAACUGUUUUUCCUUAUAAGUCAACCAGUUUAAUCAAUCAAGAUGUUUGUUUAACUGAAAAAUUAAAUCAUCUGAUUUUUUUUGAUAGUAUUGAGGUAUUAACAACUAAACCUGUUAUUCCCAAUGAUGAAGAGGGGAGUAAUCAAACUCAUGAGGUUACUGGUGAAGAUCAGCAACCAAUUCUCUCUACAUCUGCCACUCCUAACAGUGCUGAUCAACAGCAUUCUGUAGGUGGAGUUGAAAGUAGUAGUAGUAGUGAAGAAUCUGGUAGGGCAGAGGACACUAGUAUCUCACAUGAUGAGUUUAACCCAUCUGAGGGAACAAGUCCUUCAGGUGAAAUGUAUAAGUAUAUGGGUAUAUUAGUUCCACCCCCAUCCACCACCACGAGUUUAUCCGGACCAGUGCCCGUUCUUUACACAGUAGGCUGACCCCUGCCAUCCUUUACCAAGCCCAUCCCGUCUAUGCAGGCUUACGACCCGUGCUAUACUCAGCCUGACCUUUCCAUGCCACAUUUUACUCGGUCCUGCUAAAGCAUGCCGCUGUUUCCUAUGUCUGGCCUUUCCAUGCAGGCUCCUGGCACGUCCUAUACGCGGCACUGCUCGUCACCCUCUAUUAGGCGUGGCCCGAACUUCACGGAGGAGGAGAUCGCUGAGUCUGACGAGGAUUGAUGACGAUAGUGGUUUAUUUUAUUAUUAUAUGAUGCAAUAUUGUACGAACAAUUGAAUUUAAUUUUAAGUAUUUGUAAUAAUGUUUAAUUUGGAUA